AUGCUGAUUUGUUCUACACCAUAUCAAGCGCCGUUAGAUGCGAAUUGAAGAGUCCAUCCAAUUGCAGAGUUCCUCAAUCCACCAUCCACCAUUAAGUGCAUGAAACUUAUCAAGAUACCUGAUAGCAAUACAUGUUUGGGUCAUUAUCUUAUCAUUUUUCUUGUGGCUCACAAAGUGUAGACCCUAUUUUGCCGUCAAACCACCCAACAAAUGAAGAGUUCUGAUGUCUCUCUUCUGUUCCACCUUGAUGUGCUAAUAAACAUGCCCACCUCCUAAACAGUCCUUCACACCAUCACAUGGUUUUGCUUCCCAUUAUUGGUUGAGCUACAUUCAAGAGGUUGUCUCUUACUUUUUGAAUAAAUAGAGCACUACACCUCCUCUGCCUUCCACACAACAACUGAAUAACACAUAUCAGCAUUCGGAACUAGCUUCAAAACAUUUAAGGUCAUUUCCUCUCUUGUGAUCUCACCACCACAGUAAGAAUGAUUAGUACCAAGAAGCUCAUCAGAUUGGCAAGGAAAUGGCAGAAGUUUGUGGUAAUCAGGCGCAAAAGAGUUACUUUUCCAACAGCCAAAGGAGGUUUAGAUGUGGAGAGUUGCAGCACAUCAUCAAGUAAGGGACACUUUGUUGUGUACACUAAUGAUCAAAGGAGGUUUCUGCUGCCACUGAAGUUUCUCAACCACGACGUUGUUCGCGAGUUAUUUGAACUAGCAGAGGAAGAGUUUGGAUUACCAAGCGAUGGGCCGCUUACAUUACCUUGUGAUGCAAGCUUCAUGGAAUAUGUUAUUGCCUUGAUCCAACAUCACAUAUCUAAAGAUGUACAGAAGGCACUGAUCAUGUCCAUUUCCAACAAAUGCUCGUCGACCUUGUAUCUACAGCAAGAAAUAGUAAACCAGCAAGAGAUAUACAGCUUCUGAAGCUAAUAUUAUUUUAGUUUUGUAAACUUGUCUGAUUAUAGUCACAUAGAAAUGAGAAAUUCCAAUGAUUUUCUUCAUCUUUGGUUAUUUUCUGGUGCAAAAACCUGUAAGCCACAAAAAUCAUGUAGGAUAUUGCAAGUUCAAAAAAAUAAUCACCAAACCCACAUUGGUCAAAUCAACAAUUUCUAAGUAUAUACAAGAAAUGUUAAAUUAUUGUGUAUAUAUAUAGAUUAUGUUCUUGGCAUGUGAUAUUGGUUUA